AUGGGAGGGGAGGUGUCAGAAAACUUUGAGAGAAAGGUGCAAGAGAUGCACGAGAAGAGGAAGAACUUACAGCUCCACUUCAACAAGUCCUUACCCAAUCAAAGUUGUCCUGGCAGGAAGGCAUGUGAAGUUUUCAACUUCUCCGGAUUCUUCAACCCAGCUUUGGUGUUCUCGUUCCAGCAGCCUGGCGUCCUCUAUGAAUCGAGAUCUAAUGAUGGUACUGCCGUGACCUUACGAGACAACACUGGGAUCCUUGAGACUUACCUACAGUCAUACCCCCGCACUGGAUCAUCGAAUGACUUCCAGUAUGCUUAUGUUCCAUCCUUCAGGUGCUCGGCGCCUUACACGUACUACACCUGCCUCAAUGCCAACUACGACUCGACCGCCAGCUGGCAGCUCGUUUACUCCGACGUGCUCAACAAAGACUACAGCAUCGACUUUUCCAACACCUCCUUGCAGUACAGCUUCCAGACCCCCCAGCUGUGCGAGUGGCGGACAGGAGCAGUAGACGCGUCGGUGAGCAGAGGAGUGUACGACGGAGUGAGGUCGAGCAGGGUGGAGGAGAUCAUCGCGGCGCUGCAAUCCGAUAACAAGAGCUACACUUUCUUGACCUCAUUUUGGACAGGCACUGCAGUUGCGACGAAGGGAUCAGGGACGGUACCAUGCUUCGACUGCGCGUGUAAGAACGGAUACAUUGGCGACGAGACACCUGUCGGUGACAACGACAGAUCACCUUUCAAGAGCGGCCGCAAGUUCCAGGGACGGCAGUUGAAAGUCCCCCGGGUCAAACCGAGUCUCAACGGAUGCCUCCGACGGCGAGUCCAUCUGCACUCACAGCAGGGAGCUGCCGAGUACAUCCCUGAUCACCGAAGCCACGGGCUGCUGAUAGUAGCAGUCAGCGCAGCCCUGGCGGCCUGCCAUUGGAGUGUAAUACUGCAAAUCAUUUGA